CUCCCCCAACCCCAUUCUCUCUCACACCCACCACUUAUUUUCUCUUUGCCCCCGUCGACGUCAUUUCCCCACCACCUCUCUCCGUUUCUCCCUCAAUUCACCACCACGCAACUCCUCUGGCUUUCCCGGCGAUGCAAGGCCUACGGCGUUGCUCCAACGACGCCGUCCACCUCGGCCUCUUACCCGCCCCGACCUCGCCGUCCCCACCCGCUCCCACAAACAAGUCUUCCUCAACUCUCUCCAUCGACGUCGCCGAGUCCGCCGAGACCCGCAUCCGCCGCCUCAUCUCCGAGCACCCCGUCAUCAUAUUCAGCAAAAGCUCCUGCUACAUGUGUCACGUCAUGAAGAAGCUCCUCGCCACCGUUGGCGUCCACCCCACCGUCAUCGAAUUGGACAAUCACGAGAUCGCUGCUCUCCCCUACGACGACCAACAACAACAAUCUUGUAAUACUCCGCCCGCCGUUUUCAUCGGCGGCACUUGUGUCGGCGGCCUCGAGUCCCUCGUCGCCCUCCACCUCAGCGGCCACCUCGUCCCUAAACUCGUCCAAGUCGGUGCCCUCUGCGUAUGACUCUUCCCAUUACAUAAAAAAAAAUUUAAAAUCUCCAUCUCUAUCAAUCUCUAUAUUAUUAUUAUUAUUAUUAUCAUCAAUAUUUUUCCUCAACUAGGAACAAUAGGGAUAUUGUUUCCAAGAUUUGUAGUAAAAUGGACAACGAGAUGACGUUGUAGCGGUAUUUAAUUUUAAAUACCGUGACAUAACCAUCCGUCGUCGGAAGGAAGUCCAUGCAGUUGCGCUUUCAGUGUCGUACACGGGGAGGUGUUUGCUGAAUCAAGUACAUCGAUCGCUUCUGAUCCACGUCCAACGACUUCGAUCUAGAUUCUCAAAACAGCCUCUCUCUCUCUCUCUCUCUGUCACUCUCUCUCUCCCCUCAGUGUACGGGUCCCUCGGUGUGUGGUCUUUGAUGAUAAAUUAGCAAUUAUUGGAGCAUCGGGACCGUCCGAUGUGUGGACUUCCUGCUAGGUAUGUAGCUCUCUUUAUCUCUCUAGCUCUCUGAAGUCUGGGUUUCUGGCAAUGGAACGUGAUUGUAUAUUUCUGUCGUUUUUAUUAUUAAAGAUUGUAAAUUUGUCGUUUUUUUACUUUAGAUAAAAAAAAAAGUUUGAUUAAUUGUUGUUAAUUUUUGGGUAUAAAUGGUUAAACGAUGAGUGUAUUAUAUUA